AUGUUUUAUGGACAGUCAACUUCUACUAAGUACGACCAACACUUUAGGCGUUUUGCUUCUCGAGAAUAUAAUGGGGUUCUCUACAUGACGCCUGAUGACUUCUUACACUCAAUUUUUCUAGAUAAAUCGCCAGGUAUCCACUUGCACAUGAGUUUUGAUAGACUUGACAAACGGAUACAGAACCAAGUUCAAGAUUUGAAGUACUGUUUGAUUUACUUGAUGACGAUUGCAGUGGUGCGAUUGAUGAAGGUGAAUUUUCUGUGGUAUGAUUCAAAUAAGUUUAUUGUGUUAUGCCUCAGCUGUAUAAAGUUUCGGCUGGCGUUUCAAGUGUGGGGGAAACUCCAGGUUGUCUCAUUUGUACUAAGUCAAAAGUGUCCUGAAGACAGCUUUUCCAAGCAGUCAACACUAAUGAAGUUUUUCUUUGGGGAUGACGGUAAAAAAAUGUUGCAGAAACAGCAAUUCUACAGAUUUAUUGAAAACGUCCAAAAUGAAAUACUAGAGGUGGAGUUUGCGCUGAAUUCUCCAAGUGGUGCCGUAAUUUCUCCAACAGAAUUUGCUCAAGUCUUGCUUCACAAUACUAACAUCCCAGAAUUACAUUAUGAUGUGUUUUUAAGCCGCUUAAAGCGACUUCCGUCAAACAUGGAGGUAGUGUCAACCCGUUUGCUGAAUUUCAUAUAUGAUUUAGCUGAGUUCAAACGCGCAAUUCGAGCUUGCACAAAUGUAGACAUGCCUGAUCAUAUUUUGCAAACGCUUUUCUGUAUGUUCGAUGCAGAUGGCGAUGGGAAAAUAAGUCCAAAAGAGUUUAUGGUUCUCUUUCAAAAUAGAAGAGCUCGGGGUAUUCACAAAAAUAUUGACCACAAGCAGAAACUCUGGAAGGACUUCAAGAAGUGUGUCACUCGUGCUCUCCGUGAGCAGUAG